CGUCAUCGUGAAUAUAGCGGUGUGGCAGAGAGUGUGCGCCCAUACUGUAAUUCACACAGCGCUCGUACCGACGCUCUCUCGCUCCAUCCUCAAACGCUGCAGUCAUGUCUGACUUCACAGAGGACCAGAUUUGUGAGUUUAAGGAGGCCUUCCUCCUGUUUGACCGAACAGGAGAUGGGAAGAUAAUGUACAAUCAGUGUGGGGAUGUGAUGCGUGCUCUGGGGCAGAACCCUGUCAAUGCAGAGGUCCUCAAAGUCCUGGGCAACCCCAGUAAUGAAGAUAUGAACAUGAAAAUGCUGGACUUCGAGCAGUUCCUGCCCAUGCUGCAGGCCAUCGCUAAGAACAAGGAUCAGGGUUCCUUUGAGGACUUUGUGGAGGGGCUGCGUGUGUUUGACAAAGAGGGAAAUGGAACGGUGAUGGGCGCUGAGCUACGACAUGUCCUAACUACGCUGGGUGAGAAGAUGACAGAGGAAGAGGUGGAGACGCUCUUGGCAGGACAUGAGGAUGCUAAUGGCUGCAUCAAUUAUGAAGAACUCGUAAGGAUGGUCAUGAGCGGUUGAAGAAUUCAAACACGUUUAUUUUAUUUUUGUCCGUCAGGCCCCCCAUGUAUGUGAUUUUUCAUUUCCAUUUAAGCUUUUUUUUUUCUUUUCUUUUUUCCUUAAGUGCCUUUUAUCAUAUUUCUGGAGAAUUAUGGCUCAUUUCAUUCCAAAAACUUCCACUGUUGUUCAUAGGUUUGCUUGAAUACCUUCCAUUCAGCCAUUCAAUCCAGCAGUUAUUGUAUUCAGCCCGUUUGUCUUAAACUGUGAGGGACAUUUUGAUUGGCUCUUAAUUGUAGUUUUUUUUAUUUUUAUUAACCUAUUGUCUAAAUGUUUGUAAGUCAUUUGACAUCCCUCUUUAUCGUCUGCUGUGUAUCAUAAUAAAUAUUCAGAAUGA